AUGAAUAAGCUUUUCGGUUAUAUACAAAAUUAUGAAGAUGCUUUAUUAAUGGUACAUGCAACACGCUUAGGUUAUAUUACACCAGUAACACAAAGAUUAAGAACUGACGAAAGGGACUCUUUACGGUCAGGAGAUAUAUUUGUUUUUAUCGAAACGGAAAAUGGAAUUAAAAGAUGGACAGAUGGUAAAAUUUGGUCUCCAUCAAAGAUAAAUGGACAAUUUUUAUUGUACAAAGAAGUGCCCAGACAUUUAAGUAAAUCUGCAAUAAAAAAAUGUAGUUUACAAAAAAAUCUCAGUAAAGACCAAAUAGCCAAACUUCAUAAAGAAAUUAGGGAAGAUGAUAAACUUGGAUUUCACAAAAAAACAAUAAGUAUUGUACAUGAGGGUAAAACAUAUCACAUUAUUGGAUAUUACAGACCAAUCUUUUCGAAAGAAGCUUUGAUUAAUAUACCAUUUUUUAAUCAAAUUGAUUUUUCCUUAAGAAAAUAUCCUGGUUUGCUUUCUGAUAAAUUUUUAAGUAAAGAAAUUUCAGAUAAAAAUUUUUUUAAUAAAUUUGACCUACCAAAUAAACCUAAUUCAUCAAUAUUUUCUGAAGCUAAACGUCUUCAACUGGAAAAAAUAGCUUUUUGCGUUUUACAUGAAUGGGUACUCUAUAGAAGUAAGGAAAGCGGACAAAGAAAAGUGAAUGAACACAAAUAG